AUGGAUCAUUUAGAUGUACAACAUAUACAAGGAAAUGAUUCUGGUAGCUCUGGUGUUGAUUUUCCCCAAAGUCAAGAGCUAUUUAGUGACCAAGAAUAUACAGAACAUGAUACAGAAGAGGAUCGUGUCAUCAUCCCACAUGAAGCACACACUUCAAGCCACAAUGACAACAGUAAUUUAUUUGAGGAUCAGUUUGUUUGUACACCUAAAAGAACUCAACGAACUCGAGGAUGCAAAAAGCUGACUUCCCCUCCCAUUCAGAAUACAGACUCUGAUGAAUCUUCAGAUUAUGAGCCGCCACCCAGAAAGCUUACCUUAAAAGAGAUUUUUGACAAUCAUUUUAGAAAGGAAAGAAAAAAAAAGACGACAAAAAAAAAGACAAAAAAGAAGCGACCUCAGAAAGUCGACAAAAAAAGAAAAACCCUUCUACUCCAUUCCUUUGGAACAAAGAAAAAGAAGAUUGCUUCAUUGUGGAAUUAG